CAAUGAGAGUCCACUGUUCAGUACUCAAAAUUGAGUGCAAAAAGUACAAUAUCUGACCGUUUCGAAUCGUUUCGGACUGUGAAUUUCUUUCAUAUUCAGAGUCACACAUAUAUAUGAGUCCCUACACGAUCACGGCUUCCCGCCUUGCGCAAGCAAGAAGAAACAUAAUACUUCAAUAGGAUACAAAACCUCCCCUCUUUAUGCGCUGUCUCAAACUCCGCAAAAACAACCAUGGUGAGAGUGGCGGUGCGAGAUUCCUCUCCUCCUCCUUCCAAGAAGAAGAAACAAGUUGAUAAGGACGUGGAGCGCACGCGCCUCAAAACCCUUGCUUUCAAGAAGAAGAUGCUCUCGGAUAUUCCUGCCAAAGGUUUCACGCCUCUAAACCCCACCAACCAGGUCAUCAAACACCACGGUAAAGACAUUCUUCGCAAGUCGUCGCUGAGGAAGAACCGCUACCUGUUCUCUUUUCCAGGUCUUCUUGCGCCUAUUAGUAAUGGUGGUGGUAAGAUCGGUGAAUUGAAGAAUUUGGGUACACAAAACCCUGUCCUUUACCUUGAUUUUCCUCAGGGGCAAAUGAAGCUGUUUGGAACCAUUGUGUACCCAGAGAACAGAUACUUAACUUUGCAGUUUUCUCGAGGUGGCAAGAAUGUUACAUGUGAAGAUUAUUUUGAUAACAUGAUUGUGUUUUCUGAUGCAUGGUGGGUUGGGAAAAAAGAUGAGAAUCUGGAUGAAGUUCGACUUGAUUUUCCAAAAGAACUAAGUGAGGGAAAAAAUUCAGAAUAUGACUUCAAAGGUGGUGUCGGUGCAGCAUCUGUAAAUAAGCAAGGUGUUUUCAAGAGUGUAAUGAAAGACUCAGAGGAAAAGUCAAUUGAACUUGAGUCCGACGACGAUAUUUCAGAUGUUGAUUUAAAAUUUAAAGAUAUGAUGGAAGUGACCCCUGUUCGACAUUCUGAGAGAACUGCUGGAAAAAGAUUCAAAUUUGCAGAAGUUUCUUCAGAGGAUGAUCCUGCUGAAAGUGAUGCAGACAUGCCUGAGGGAGAUAAAAAGAAAGGAGAUAUUUCAACUAGCAAAAAAACUAAUGUGACCAAGUCCAAGCAACCCUCAUCCAGUCAUUGUGGAGUACUUGUCCAAACAAGCAUAUCAGCAUUAUUCAAUAAAGUGGUGGAAAAGGCAGACAACCCCAGGAAAAAGGGGAAACUGAGCACUGAAAAAUCCACUGAUGAAGGGACAGAGAGUACAGCUAAGGAGAACGGAUAUGAGUUUGAAGAUGAUAACAUUGCAGGCAGCACAAGCCCUGAGACAUCAAAUGGAAGUGGAGGUUGGGCUGCUUUCUGAGAUAUGACGCAACUGAAAGUUACAGAAAAAUGCCAAAUUCACGCAAGAGUAUUAUUCCUUGCAUAACAUUGCAGUGAUUGAGAAUUUCAGAACUAACCGUUGAAUGGACAUCUCUAAUCAUGUCGCAAAAAUAUGACAAAUUUAGCCAGAAUCAUAGUUAAAUCCAAUAAUGAUCACCAAUGUUUCUAUGUCCACAGAGAGUGAGUUUUCAGUGAACUAUUCUCUGCUUUCUGCUUGCUCAAAAAUGGUUUCAUUAGAGCUCUGCUUCUGUGAAAUAAGAAGAUAGAUGUUGUUCUUAGUACUUGGUACACAGUUGUGCUUCCAACUAUAUUGUAUAAACUAGAUGUGUUGUGUUCUUGAUGUAGCAAGUAUUGUUUA